AUGCGUGGUGGUGUUAAUGAGAUGCUGGAGGUCUGGAGACAUACACUUGAGUAUAAAAGUCUCAAACUGAGUAGGACCAAGACCGAAUACUUGGAGUGCAAUUUCAACGGUGUUGCCCAGGAAUCGGACAAGCAUGUGUGGCUUGAUAUGCAAGUAAUUCCCAAGAGAGAGAAUUUUAAGUACCUUGGGUCUGUGAUUAAGAGUGAUGGGGAGAUUGAUAAGGAUGGAACACAUCGUAUCGAAGCAGGGUGGAUGAAGUGGAGGCUCGUUUCCGGUGUCUUGUGCUAUAAGAAUGUGCCAUUAAGACUUAAAGGAAAGUUCUAUAAGGUAGUGGUUAGACCGACUAUAUUGUAUGGCGUAGAGUGCUGGCCAUUUAAGAACUCCUAUGUCCAACAGAUGAAAGUAGCGGAGAUGGGGAUAUUGAGAUGGAUGUGUGAGCACACGAGGUUAGAUAGAAUUAGGAAUAAAGUUAUUAGGGACAAGGUACGAGUAGCCCCUCUGGAGGAAAAGAUGCGAGAGGAGAAGUUGAGAUAG